CGGCCAUCUUUGUCCAGGGCAGCCGAGCAAGAAGCCGGGCGGGAGCGCGGUUGCCCCGCUCUAAAGUGGCGGCGGCGGCGGCGGCGGCAGCGCGGAGAAGGAGGAGGAGGAGGAAGAGCAGGGCGAGGGCGGCGGCGGCGGCGGCGGCGGGGGCUGUCGGGGCCCCGCGGGACGUGCUGAGCCGGAGCGCUGGCCGGCUCGGAAAGAGAGCGCGGCCUCCGGGCAGGACGGUGAUGCCUUGAAGGGAAGGAUCCGCACGGUUGACAAGGAGUCAGAAGUAUGAGGAAGAUCACUUGGAUCCACAGCAAAUCCCCAGAUCUUCUCCCACCACAUGUUCACUGAAGGGCGCCCCCCAGCCAUGGAGGACAAGCGCAACAUCCAGAUCAUCGAGUGGGAGCACCUGGACAAGAAGAAGUUCUACGUCUUCGGGGUGUGCAUGACCAUGAUGAUCCGCAUCAGCGUCUACCCGUUCACCCUGAUACGGACGCGGCUGCAGGUCCAGAGGGGGAAGAGCCUCUACAACGGCACUUUCGACGCCUUCGUCAAGAUCCUGAGGGCCGAAGGGGCGGCCGGGCUCUACCGGGGCUUCCUGGUCAACACCUUCACCCUCAUCUCCGGCCAGUGCUACGUGACCACCUACGAGCUCACCCGCAAGUACGUCUCGCAGUACAGCAGCAGCAACACCAUCAAGUCGCUGGUGGCCGGCGGCUCGGCCUCCCUGGUGGCCCAGAGCAUCACGGUGCCCAUCGACGUGGUCUCCCAGCACCUGAUGAUGCAGCGCCUGGGCAACAGCAUGGGCCGCUUCCGCGUGCAGCCCCACCAGGGCAAGCGGUUGCCCGUCUUCGGCCAGACCCGGGACAUCAUCGCCCAGAUCUUCAAGGCCGACGGGCUGAGGGGCUUCUACAGGGGCUACGUGGCCUCCCUCCUGACCUACAUUCCCAACAGCGCUGUCUGGUGGCCCUUCUACCACUUCUACGCAGGUAAGUAGGCGGGUU